AUUAUCUGACUUACCCGCAAGGAUAUAGUGACAAAAAAAAAAAAAAAAAAGAGCAACCUUCCUGUCUCGGGUCUCCAAUUUCCUUGACCAGAGCUUGAACCAAGACCAGGCGGGCAGCUUCUCUGUUUGAGCCCUCAGUUCUCAUCUGAUUCAAUCGCUCUCCGUCUCUCUCUCUACCGUGUGUUGGUUGCUGAGAAAGGAAAAGAAAGAAUGGGGAUCCGGUUCAUUUUGAUGGUGAACAAGCAAGGCCAGACUCGUCUUGCCCAGUACUACGAAUGGCUCACUCUCGAGGAACGCCGAGCCCUAGAAGGCGAAAUCGUCCGUAAGUGCCUCGCCCGCAACGAGCAGCAGUGCUCGUUCGUUGAGCAUCGCAAUUACAAGAUCGUGUACAGGAGAUACGCAUCCCUGUUUUUCCUGGUUGGAGUUGACAAUGACGAAAAUGAGCUCGCGAUUCUGGAAUUCAUACAUCUCUUAGUUGAAACCAUGGACCGUCAUUUCGGCAAUGUGUGUGAGCUAGACAUAAUGUUCCAUUUAGAGAAAGCCCAUUUCAUGCUGGAGGAGAUGGUCAUGAAUGGUUGCAUUGUCGAGACAAGCAAAUCCAACAUCCUCAGCCCCAUUCAGUUGAUGGAGAAAACAUCCUAGGCAAGAACUGAUUCUUGAUUUUGCACUCAUUGCCUUAUAUCUCUCACUCGGGAUUUGUCGCUCGCUUUUCGUAUUUUUAUGUUGGUAGAGAGCCCCAAGAACUUCAUGUCAUCAGUCAAAGCUCUCUGCUUACAACACAGAAUGUUUAUGAAAGAUAACAAUGUAUAAUUGUAACUUGUCUUAGUUGAAUAGAUAACUACGAUACUUUUUCCUUGUGUAUCAACUCUCCUGCUCUGCAGUUUGGCAUCGUGUUCUUAUUUUCUGUUUUUUUGUUUCCGUCUUUGAUAAAUGUGCACUGAUCUAUAGGAUCAGGAGGAAACCAAAUGUUUGCUCUUUAAGGAUUGUUGAGAUUCUCAACGUUUUGUUUAGCU